CCGGCCAUGAAAAACACGUGACAAUUUCAAUUAACAACGCGAAAGUGGUGACUACCGCGACAGCCGCAAUUGCAACGGUACCGGAAUUUAGGAGAGUCAAAGACGCAUCUACGUCGACAAGCCUCCGCGAUACGGCAAUAGUCUCAAGCGCUGUAAACUUAUUAAUUAAUUCUACUCCACGCCUUUAUUAUCUUCCACCAACUCUAUCCCAACAUUUCUACUCCUAGCUUCAUUUCGACGGGAAAAAAGGGAAAAUAUAUAAAACAGUGUUAUGGGUGUUUCCAGAUGGGUUUUCUUGAUAUAUUCUCUUCUAGUGAUUCCACCAAAUCCCAUUGGUUGUUUGAGUUCAAAGGAGAUUUCAGAGAUUCCAGUAAGUUUUCUCAAUUUUGCCAAGAAAGCUGAGGUCUUUGAUUGGAUGGUUGGUAUUAGGAGAAGGAUUCAUGAGAAUCCUGAGCUGGGCUAUGAAGAAUUUGAGACUAGUAAGCUUGUAAGAGAAGAAUUGGAUAAGAUGGGGAUUCCUUAUAAGUAUCCUGUUGCUGUUACUGGUGUGGUUGGAUUUGUUGGUUCAGGAGAGCCUCCUUUUGUUGCCUUAAGGGCUGAUAUGGAUGCACUUGCCAUGCAGGAAAUGCUGGAGUGGGAGCACAAGAGCAAAAAUCCUGGGAAGAUGCACGCUUGUGGACAUGAUGCACACGUUGCAAUGCUACUCGGUGCUGCAAAGAUUCUACAAGAGCAUCGCGAAAUUUUGAAGGGAACAGUUGUUCUUGUCUUCCAACCAGCUGAAGAAGGAGGUGGAGGGGCAAAGAAAAUGAUAGAUGCAGGGGUGAUAGAAAAUGUCAAAGCCAUCUUUGGUCUCCAUGUCAAACCUGACUUGCCUGUGGGUGAAGUGGAAAGCAGACCUGGUUCUUUGUUGGCUGGAAGUGGCUUUUUUGAAGCUGUAAUAAGUGGAAAAGGUGGUCAUGCUGCGAUUCCUCAGCACUCUAUAGAUCCAAUAGUAGCAGCAUCCAAUGUGAUUGUGAGUUUACAACAUUUAGUUUCCCGAGAAGCUGAUCCUCUUGACUCUCAGGUACCUCUCUCUCUCUCCCCCCGAUUGCGCACGCCCACAUAUAGGUGUAUCCAGGUUCUUUACAGAAUGAAUGUGUCAUCGUGAUUAGGUCCUCAUACCUUGAAGUCUUCCUGUGAUGUCAUAAUCUUUAACUUCAGCACCAUACGCCCUUUUGAUUAUACCAUGAGCUGAGACAUCCAUGUCCUGCACAUCAUAAUGAAACAGAUUUACCUCUUUUACUUUUAGGAGCA